AUGUUAAUUCUAUGUUGAACGGUAGUCGAGCUAUCGAGCUGUGAGCAGGUACAUGGCUGACUAAGCUACGAACCGGGCUUGCACGUAUUGUGACGUGCCGUGACGUAUGGACGAGCGAACUUACUCAUACGACCCGGUGCCCGGAGCGCCAGUAAGCCACCGACCAACCAUGGAGAAGGGACAACUGUGGCGGCAGUACGUCAUUGCCGGCGUCGCAAACAUAGCGAUCGCCUCAACGGGUUACUCCAUGGGAUGGACGUCUCCCGUCAACAUCAAGCUGAAAGAUGCCAAUCUGACGGACUCCCCCCUGCCCGCCCCCAUUACCUCUAACGAAGAAGCAUGGAUCGGUUCCAUCCUCACUCUUGGGGCUAUACUAGGUCCAUUCAUCGGAGGUCCCUUAGCAGCCCGCAUCGGUCGCAAAUGGAGUCUGAUCGCCUCAUCCAUCCCUCUGUUCGCUGGCUGGAUCCUUAUAGCGGCCGCUACCGCUGUGGCGUUCCUCUACGCCGGGCGUUUCAUGUGGGGCGUCGGUGUUGGCAUGCUGUUCACCGUGUCUCCUAUGUACUGCGCUGAGAUCGCUACGAAUGACAGCAGAGGCGCGCUCGGCUCGUUCUUACAAGCGUUCAUCACUGUCGGAUUCCUGCUGGUGUAUGCCAUCGGCCCCUUCAUCUCCUACAGCGCGGUAGCUUACGUCGGUGUAGCCUUCGUGGCCGCCUUCGAUUUACUAUUCUUCUUCAUGCCUGAAACGCCUAUCUACUAUCUUUCGAAGAACGACCGAGAGUCUGCCGCCAACUGCCUGAUGACAAUCCGCGGCCAGUCCCGCUCCGGAGUGGAGGCGGAGCUCGACAUCUUGGCCAGCGACGUAGCCGCGUCCAUGGCCAAGACAGCUACGAUCGCCGACGUGUUCCGUGGCAGCAACUUCAAGGCGUUCUACAUCUCUUGCGCGCUGGUGUUCUUCCAGCAGUUCUCGGGUAUCAACGCAGUUCUCUUCUACAUGACCAACAUCUUUGAGGCCGCUGGUUCUGGCCUGGACUCUUCCAUUGCUACUAUCAUUAUUGGAGCGGUGCAGGUGGGCGCGUCGUGCGUGACGCCGUUCGUCGUGGACCGGCUGGGGCGACGCAUGCUGCUCCUGUUCUCUGCCUGCGGUACCACCAUUGGUUUGGUCCUCCUCGGCAUGUUCUUCCUCCUGGACGACCUGGACAGCCCCGUGGUCUCCAGCAUCGGCUUCCUCCCCAUCCUGUCACUGGUGGUGUUCAUCGUGACGUACUGCGUGGGCCUGGGCCCGCUGCCGUGGGCGGUCAUGAGCGAGCUCUUCCCCAUCGAAGUGAAGGCGCAGGCCGCACCUAUUGCUACUGCUUUCUGCUGGACGCUGUCCUUCUUGGUCACUAGGUACUUCGGGCCAAUCUCGGAGGUACUUGGAAUGUACGUAGCCUUCUGGAUCUUCGGAGUCUGCUGCAUCAUCGCGUUCUUCUUCACGCUGUUCCUGGUGCCAGAGACCAAGGGCAAGAGCUUCGCGGAGAUUCAGGAGAUGCUUUCUGGAAAACCAUCAAAAGGAAAGGCGUAACCUACCUUCAAGGGAACUACCCACCGAUGAGUGGCAACACCAGAAAAAGCGCCAACUUACGGUACGAUAUUUGCGGUUAGCAAACUGACAAAACAACGCAAAUAUACUUCUAACCCUGUGACAAAACAACUAGUUCCUAUUUCUUCUGCAGCAGAGUUAAGCUGGUAGCUCUCCUAGUGAUUUACCAUAUAGGUAUCUUUGCGAAGUAUUCGACUUCGCCGUUUUAGUAAAAGCUACUUUGUUGUGUUUUACAUAAAGUUUAUAUUUAAUUGUUGUUACGAGAGUACGUAUUAUAUUUUUUAGCAAUAUUAUAAUAGUCCUGAUGACCUGGCAUAUUUUCACUUAAAUUUAGUCAAUAGCUAGUAACACUGCAAUAUGAUUUUAUUUUUUAAACUGAAAGAACCCUGUACGAAUUUAUACUUUUUUACUACGCGAAUUAUUUAAUUUCGAUUAAAAUUAUUGUGAAUAUAUCGUAUAGAAUAUAAUAUAUUAAAGAAUUUACUUUUAAGUGCCUGUACACGUGAGUACAAAAAAUAGAGGUCAGACUAAGUAUAUGAAUUGUGAUAUAAAUACAGAAUAAUGGGUAAAAAUCCUGUCAAAAACUUUAUUUAUAUUUCAAAGACCCAGUGCCAUUUCCCAGUGAUUUUUUUGUAGGUAAGGUACCAAUAUUUUGAAGGGAUUUUUACUCAUGCGAGUAAAGUAAGUUAUACUUAAUUUAUAAAUUAUAAAUAAUAAUGUUAAAAUUAAGUUUUUGUUUGACUAGCUCGAUGGAGUCAGUUUUUAUUUAGAAUAAUAUUUUAUAUUAAACUACCUGAAUUUGACAUUGUUUAUAAUUGGAUGUAUAUAAUUAUUUACUUCAAUUUCGAGCUGUUGGUAAUGAUGUUAUUUCGUUGACGAAUAAAAUUUUUAUAAUUUCA